UCAGAAAGGCUUGUCUGUAAAUACAAAAAUUUUUUACCAAGAUGCUCCCCUUAAACUAGUUUGCACUAUAGGAUAAUCUAAUAUGCUUUGUGACUACUUAUACUGUAUGCAAAUUUAUUCCAGCAUUACUUCAUUGAUCAUUCACAACCCCUUUCAGUGUCUUCAGAAAGAAGACCAUUUUUGAAAGAGGAUGUGCAACCUCCACGUUUCAGUGAAUUGUGCAUGUGCUAAAUGAACCUACAAUAAUCAAUUAAUUUGAGGAUAAACAUUUUACUGAAUUACAGAUGACAGAAAGAGAUGACACUGAAAAUGACAGAUUCAAAACUGAGACACUUCCGUGAAAGUGAGUUUGCCAGUGGAAACAAUUCAACUCUAUCUCUAUCUCAGGAUGGUGACUCACCUGAAUGCAAAGUGGUCCAUUGGAAACGCAAACACGUGCUUAUAGCAAAUGGAGAAAUGUUGGGAAAGACCAAGAAGCGGCCCAAAAUAAUCCCAGAGCUUAUAGAGCCAUCAAGUCAGAAGAGUACCACUGUUGUUGGGUUGCCUACCAGCACAACUGAGCAAAAAGGUUCCCAGUUUCUUGGAAAAUUGUUCAUGGGCAAGGAAAGUGAUGCUGAUAAGGAUGCUGUGGUUGAACCACUGUGGAAAAGAAAGCAUGACCCUAACAGCAAGUAUAAUAAAGGAUUAUUUAGUGAAAAGGAAAGUCAAGUUGUUAAUGAAAAUUGGAAUCAGUUUCAAAAGGAGUACAAAUUUUAUGACUUGCGCCCCCUGAUAAACUACCGCACCUGCAUUUUGGAAGGCAGUCCUGACUCAUUUUCAAUAAAUCAGGUCUUCUUCACCUCAGUACCUCAACAAAAAAUGUUUCUAAACUACAUAAGAAGAGGAUUAAACCGAAGUUUGUUUCAGGUAAAAAUUCACCUGCGUUCAUUAGUAUCAAGUAUACACAGCAAUUUUGCAUGGAGUAAACGCAUCAACUUGACUCAUCAAAACAUCAUGGCAAAAAAAGAGAUGUGCCUUAUUGACCUGUUUCUCAAGCGCUAUGGCGUAGAUGCUGUUUCAAUGGAGUUCAUCGUGAAUUCAACAAGUGGUGCACUGCUCCACAAUAGCCUUAAGUCAUACUAUCGCUUCAAGCUCUGCCCAAUCGCCGCUGGACCAUGGACAGAAGAAGAGAUGUUGCGUCUCAUCAAAGGUGUGGUGUACACCUGGAACAAAACGCCUACUCAAAACCACUCCCAUUCCCUCAAUGGCACUAAAUGGAUGAAAGUAUUUCUUUUUGUUAGAACACGCACGCCUAAANUCUGGAUGUAUAUAUUCUUGCUUCUAAGCAGAAAUUCAUGUUCAAGCCUAAAGCUCUGA